AUGGCUCCAUUCCAUCUACUCCGCCUACCCCGCGAGCUGCGAGACACGAUCUACAAGUUCUACCUGACCACCGACGGCGGCUAUGUCUGCGACACCGACGCUUUCAUCAAUGGUCAACUGAAGGGCGCAAACAACGAGCGAAUUCAUCUGGAUCUGGUCUUCACCUGCAGGCAGGUUGCUGCGGAGACGGAACGCGGCGGUCUCGGCUUGAUCCUCAACGCAAUCACGUUUUCGACCAUCUCCAACGACUCGCUCAGUCUUCUUGCUGUCAAAUUCCAUCGCUAUAACCACUCCAUCGAUCGUACGAGGUUGGCGAUGCUCUACGCUGCCGGGCACUGCGUGCCUGAUGCCGUCUAUUCGGAGCUCAAAACAGCGUAUCCACGACUGAUGCCUCUUCUGGAUCGGAUGAAAACAGAAGGAAAACAACCACUACUCCAGUUGGAAACGAGUACGCUUCACCGGCGCGGGCCAUACGGCGAGGCCCCUUCUGUCUUUCAAAUGACUUCUAGUCUUUUGGGUCUCCCUCGUGAACUCAGAGACCUUAUUUACAAGGCCUAUGUUUCUGUUGAAGGCGGAUAUCUCUGCGAUACCGAUGCAUUCAUUAACGGCACGCUCAAGGGAUCCAACAACCAACCGAUCGAUCUAUCCCUGGUCUAUACUUGCAAACAAAUCGCCGAUGAAAUGGCUCGCGGAGGCCUUGCCCUGCGCCAAAACACUAUCACGUUCACAACACUCUAUAACAACGAUCUCAGCUAUCUUGCAGGGAGUUUUGAUUGGCACACUAAUGCCUUGGACAAACUCCGGUGUGAGAUCUUCCAAGGCGUCGGUUAUGCCCUCACAGACAGAGCGUACUCGAAGCUCAAGGCUCAAUACCCGCAAUUCUUACCGUUACUGGAUCGAAUGAGGCUGGAAGGGCCUCGCGUUGCGGGAGUAGUGCCGCUAUCAAGUGAGCGGCAUGGAUCCUACGGUGAAGCUCCAUCCGUAUACCGCGAGUUCAUCAAGGAUACUUUGCGCGAAGCAGCGCUAUUCGAUGACGGGUUUAGGGACGUCGUACUUCAGCACAAGCCGCACAUCUCACACGCCGACGACAAUGGGGACGAAAUUCCAGAAAAAUACUAUCGUGCAGGCUGGACUCCUCUCGACGCCGCAUACAACCCAACCCAGCUCUGGGCGAUUCCCUCAGGUAUUCAAAUGGAAGAGCUCUUCUCAGCCAGGGGACGAGGCGAUCCCAGAAACGGUCGUCUUCAGGAAGAAUAUCAUGGUUCGUCGAAAUGGCGCUUUUCCGCCGCCGCAGCAGCCAUCUACUUCCUAGAGCACGUCCCAAAUAGUGUGCGAACCCAAGUGCGCAAGAUCGUUCUCAGCGAAGACUAUGAAGCCGUUGCACACCCAGAGUGCCACGCCCGAGGACUCAUUCCGUUCUGUCAGAAGUACCCUAUACAAGUAGAACGCCGCAUCAAUCUCUGGACAAACGUAUUCCAACGAGACAUCAAUUACCAGAGCGCUGAAGCGCGGUGCAAGUGGGACAGACGCGUUACCCCGCCGUUUCUACAUUCCGAUCAGAUCACCGACAACGUAUCAUGCUGGAUCAUGGAAGCUUUGGCUCUAGCCCCGGCGGGUAUGCCGCCAUCAUCCUUCACCCUUGUACUAGAUGGAGCUCCGGCGCCAGAUGAUUGUACACAGAUAUUCCAGUCCGUUGUUCAACGCGAUGUUGCGUGGCAGUCAGCUUGGGUCAAGUCUCUCGACCUAGGUCUUUUACCGCCCAUUUCGUGGUUUGAAAGAAGGGGCGAGGCGGUCCUCCGGCACGGCUUCUUCACACCCAACGAUCUGAACCACCAUCAGGUUUUACUAGCCACCAACGCCAUCGCACCAGGAGCUGGUGUCGCUGCCGACUGGAAAGGUUACUGGGGCUACUUUUUCGAAGGCUUGCCAGACGCGAUCCGGGAUAUCGCCGAGGGUCAUUCCAUCGUGCGCUGCAACUUUGAUGUCGGGUCACUCUGGGAUGUCGAUCGACUUGUGUCCGAACACCGAGCAUGGAAUUCCUUGACGUGGCAAAGAGAGUGGUUCAGUCAUGAACCUCGUUUCCGGGAGACUUCACCACCACUGCCGGAGUGGAGGAGCCUUCUAGAGGACAAUAUUGACAACACGCGAGUGAGACCAAGUAUUUAUCAUGUAUGA